AUGGGAGAAACUGGUAAAUUUCUUUGUAAGGAACCUCCUUCUGAUUUUCCUACCGUCGAACUUCUUCCAGAUCCAGAAAACGACAUGAAAGAUCACGACCACGUUGGAGCACCUACGUCAGAAAAGGAUGGUUCUUCGUUGACCAGUCAACCUCCAAAUCAAAGUUGUCUUGUGAACAACAUGGGAUCUGAAGAGAGUAUCAAUAAUCCACUGGAGGCGCAAUUGCAGAGCUUGAGACUUGAUGCUGGAGUGCAAAGAAUUUUAACGAACCAUGUUUAUGAAGGAGCACUUCAUGGGAAUAAUAUUAUCAGCCAGCAAGCCUUAACUGCUGGCCAUGGAAAUUCUGGGAUUGGUCCUAGCCAUGCUUAUGAAGGAGCACUUCAGGGGAAUAAUAUUAUAAACCAGCAAACCUUAGUUUCUGGAAACUCUGUGAAUGGACCAAGUCAUGUUUAUUAUGGAGGAGCACUUCAUGGUAAUAUCAUAAACCAACAAAUCCUUGCUGCUGGAAACUCAGGGAUUGGACCAAGACAUGCUUCUAAAAGACUACUUCAUGGAAAUAAUGUUAUAAACCAGCAAAGCCAAGUUUGGAGCUCUGAGACUGAGCCAAGUCAUGUUUAUAACAGACCAUGUUGUGGAAAUACAAACCAGAAAAGCCUUGUUGGAAACUUUGGGAUUGCACCAAGCCAUGCUUAUGAAGGACUAGCUAAUGGAAACAAUACAAACGAGCAAAUCCUGGCUGGGAAUUUUGGAAUUGGACCUAGCCAAGUUUCUAAUUUUUCUUCUGUAGAAAGGAUCUUCAUGAGACAGAGGUACAAUAACAUAAAAUCACUGGAAGUUGUGAAGGGCAUGGUGGCUUCAAUCUCAAAAGAGGAAGAUGGAAGUGAAUUUCUGGUUAGAAUGUUGGAUGGGAAGAACCCUAGAGACAUUAAUCUCAUUUCAAGGGAGUUGUUGGAUCACCUACAUGAUUUAAUGAUGGACCGGUUUGGAAAACGUGUCAUUGAAAAGAUUUUUGAUGUGCUCAAUGAGGAUCAAUUAACCCUCCUAUUUGAAUUUAUCACCAAUAACCUGCUCAAGUUUCAGAACAUUUGUGAAAACAAUAUCGGAUCCGGAGUUUUACGAAGUAUGAUAGAUCAUUUUACAACAGAAAGGCAAAUGGUUGUCUUUGCACAUGCACUGAAGGAAAUUGUUGUCCCAGUGGCCACUUCCCAAUAUGCUAGUUAUGUCCUUCAGCACUUCUUAAAACUUUGCCCUCAUUUUUCAAAGGAGAUUUAUGAUGCAAUGGCAUCUGAAUGCACUCCUAUUGCCACAAACAAAACCGGUUGUUCUGUUCUUAAAACAUGUCUAUCUAUGGCUGCACCAGAGUCUUCUUUCUUAUUGACUUCUGCAAUUAGCCAUCGUGUGUCAUUGCUAGCACGACAUCAAUAUGGGAACUAUGUGGUGCAGUAUGUAAUUAAGUUGGCUUGCCACGCCAUAAAUGAAGAAAUAGUAAAUAGACUUCGAGGUCGGUAUGUGGAAUUGUGUAUGGACAAGUGUGCUAGUAAUGUGGUGGAAGAUCUGUUGCUAUUCUCAACUCAGAAGAAUGUUGGUAUUAUAGUUCAAGAGAUGAUGAGUAGCCCGAGCUUUGUGAACCUUCUUCAAGACCCAUUUGGCAAUUAUGUUGCUCAGAGAGCCUUGGAAUGUUCUCAGGGGACUCUGUAUGACAUGUUGGUGAGCACAAUUUCGAGACAUCAUGAAAGUCUGUGUACUAAUCAAUAUGGGAAAAGGGUGUUAGCAUUUAUGUAUGGAGGACGCACAUUUCAGCCGCUUCGAAGACUUUAA